AUGUUCCAAGAGCCCUUUUCGAUUUCGCAAUUGGCGAUACCCGCUGUCUGGGUCCUGAUCAGCUUCCUCACCUUCACCUCCCAGUACUUUUUCCUGCACUUCGAAGCCGUACCUCUGCGAGAACAUGAGCUAUGGGCUAUUAACUUUCUGGCGGCAUGUAUUGGGAUAUGUUAUUACCGGUCAUGCACAGUAGACCCAGGGCGCAUUCCUAAGCACUGGAAGCCAUCGGACCACGUUGGUGGCCGGCAACGGUGGUGCCGGAAAUGCGAGGCUUUCAAGCCUCCACGGGCUCACCAUUGCAGGACGUGCGAGAGGUGUAUACCAAAGAUGGACCACCACUGUCCAUGGACUACCAAUUGUGUGUCACACUUUACAUUUCCGCAUUUCAUCCGGUUUCUAUUUUACGCGGUAGUCGGGAUGUCGUAUCUUGAAUCGCUUCUUUUUGAGAGAGCGUCGACUAUCUGGGCUAGUAGACAUCUUCCUAGUUACCUCGGUCCCAGUCUGGGGCAAAUGGUUUAUUUAUUUAUUCUCCUUGCUGUCAACAGUUUGAUUGCAUUUGCGCUUUUCAUUCUCUUGCUUCGAAGUCUAUGGUCUCUCGGUGCCAACACGACGACCAUUGAGUCAUGGGAAAUUGAAAGACACAAAGCACUCCUACGACGAGCCAGGCAUUUUGGUGGCUACUUGGACGCCCCUGGAGGCGUCAAGAUACGUAUCAGGAAACAAGAAUUUCCGUAUGAUAUCGGCAUUUGGGACAAUAUUAAGGCGGGAAUGGGAGGAAGUGCAAAUAUCCUUGGUUGGUUUUGGCCAUUUUCCGCGACACCGGAUCGUGAAACAGGUCUAGAUUUUGAGAUCAAUGAUUUCGAACGUCCCAAUGUCACUUGGCCACCACCGGACCCGGAUCGCAUUCCGCUCCCGACUUCAACCGACAAAGGAGAUGCUUUCACGGUGCCACAAGUGUACAGCUCCGCCCACGAAGAAAUCGAAGCAUUCAACCGUCGCCGGGAUGAAGACCUGAAACGCGGCAGACCCGGCGUGGUUCAACGCCGCAAACAAUUCCAUGAGCGAUUUGACUCCGAUACUCGAGGCGAAAGCGACUCAGAGCCCGAUGAGAAGAGAAACUCUGAUGGCGAAGAGGCCUGGAGGAAUUCCGAGGGAGAGCGGCUACAUGAUUUCGGAGUAGACGAGGAGAUCGAAUUCUACGAUGAGGAGGACAUUCCACUGGCAGUACUCAUACAGCAACGGGGACAGAGACAGCAAUGA